AUGGCGUCGGCGGCAAACCACACGGAAGUCCCGCCCACGCCCGAGGGGGCCGCAGGAAACGGCACUGUUCCGGGCCGUCAUUGGCUCAGCGCCCGCCGCUCGCGCGAUGCACAACCUUCUGGUUCCACAGAAAAUGUGGCAACAAAUUGUAGGCGCAGUCGCACCAAAUUCACAGAGGAUCAAUUGAAAAUCCUCAUCCAUGCCUUCAAUCAAAAACCUUACCCAGGCUUUGCCACCAAACAAAGACUUGCUUCAGAAAUAAACACUGAAGAGUCAAGAAUCCAGAUAUGGUUUCAGAAUCGAAGAGCUAGGCACAGAUUCCAGAAGAAGCCAGAAUGUGAGGAGGUUUCAGAAUCAAGCCAAAGCCUUGGACAAGGUCACCUUGGGGAGGAGAAUCGAACUAAAUCUCGAGAAGCCCGACGGAGCCGCACCUGCUACAGUGCCACUCAACUGCACGCUCUCGUCCAGGCAUUUAUCAAAAACCCUUACCCUGGGAUUGAAUGCAGAGAACAACUUGCUAAAGAAAUUGGGGUUCCAGAAUCAAGAGUCCAAAUUUGGUUUCAAAAUCGAAGAUCUAGAUACCAUACCAAGAAACGUAAAAGAGAACCUGACCAAUCCUUAGAACAAAACCAGGACAAGAUCUCUGAGGGAGUCCAAGGUAUAGAAGAUGCUCAAAAUGGCACCAGCCUCACCAGAAACUCUUAUUUCUCUGAAGCCAGAACAUGGUGGACACAAACAAAUUCAGUGUAUUUAUUUUUUAUUUUCUGCAAGCUAAGGAAGAUAACAGGUGGAUGGCACAGUGUGUUUUGAUAUCAUCAACUUGGGCCCCAGAUUUCUCUUAUAGUCUUGUUAGUCACCUGUCAUUCUCCGGUGACUGCAAAUGGAGCCUUCUGGGUGCAGGAGAGGGCUUCAGGAGGCAAAGACAGACACUGGGCACCACGCAGCCCGGAGCCUGUGGUCAGCAGACCUUAACAAUGAAAAUAAACUUAAUGGUAAUCAUUUUUCAGCCAUCACAGUAUUGGUUGAUUCAGCAAAAGUCAUCAAUGGAUGUUAAAUCUUUAAAAGUUUGAUGAAAAAUGAGAUGUAUAUAUCAUUUCAAAGAAUUUCCUCACAUAUACUCAUUUAUUACAAAAGGAAAAUUAGUAAUUUUUCAGUGGCAAAAACUGGCCAAUUCCCCUUAACCAAGUGGCUGAGGUUCACUUCGUCAGUAAUGGCACAAAUCAACAUGAGGUUCUUCCUGAUAUGAUACACUAAGGAGGACAUGAUGUAUUGUCUGUUGUAUUACUGACUAAAAGUGAGUAAGCUGAGACUAGUCAUUAGAAAACGUGAAGCAAACACUAAUUUAAUGACAGUUUACAGAGUAACAUUCCUGCACUUGUCAAUAAUGGAUUGAAUAAUGAAAAUAGGCAUGAAGAAAAAGUAGGCUAAAUAAAAAAAUAUUUUAAAAAUAUAGGCAUAAGAGUU